CCUUUGUUUGGGGCCCACCGCCUUUUCGUCCCGAACAGUGUGCGCGGCACGCUUCCGAUCAGCCUCAUCCUGGAUCAAUGCAGGUCCCGGUGCCCCGACUUCACCGAUCUAUCCGCGUCCGUGCGCUUGCAGCCUGCCUAUCGCCGUCAACCGUCACGCCUCGCACCUCACGCGCGCACCUGUAGGCGGCUGCACGUAUAUCGCAUGAGGACAGCGCCCGUCUGCCACUCUGCCCAUGCCUCUCCCGAUGCCUGGCUCUACCUCGAGGGAGCUGUAUUGGGCCCGCAUCAAGGCCGUCUUCCACGGUGCUGAUCCCCGUGUGUGUGCUGCCUUCUGGCUCUUUGGCUUGAUCAACAACGUCCUCUAUGUCAUCAUUCUCUCUUCUGCACUCGAUCUCGUAGGCCCCAAUGUGCCCAAAGGCGUUGUCCUCCUCGCAGAUGUGAUCCCAUCGUUCCUCACUAAGCUGUGCGCGCCCUACUUCAUCCACAAGAUACCCUACAACCUCCGGAUACUUAUAUUCUGCGCCCUGUCAGCAUGUGGGAUGCUCGUGAUUGCGCUUACACCGCAGCUUCAAGAUGCUAAAACCAUCACGAUCAAGAUGUGUGGCGUCAUGCUAGCCAGUCUGAGCAGCGGAGGAGGAGAGCUCAGUUUUCUAGGCUUGACGCAUUACUAUGGACAUUUUGCUCUUGCAAGCUGGGGCAGCGGUACUGGAGGAGCCGGUCUCGUUGGUGCUGGAGCCUAUGCUGUCCUUACAACAAGCCUGCAGAUUUCUCCUCGAAACGCCUUGCUUGCAUUUUCCUUCUUGCCGGUGAUCAUGCUCGUCAGCUUUUUCGUUAUACUUCCCCUGGGACCUCUUCGAGCAUCGCCAAGCCACCAAGCAGGCUAUGAAGCUGUCGAGGACGAUGAUACGCUUGAUGAAAAUGACGAGCUGGAGUCUCAUCCCGAGAACUCCAGCCUGCUAGCAUCCUCCAUGCACUCAGCCUCUGGUCGCAGCUUCGCCUCAGCUAGAAGUAACGGACUGCCAUCGACCUUGCUAGGUUUCAAGGCCAACCUCCGACGUGCGAGAGGCCUAUUCUUUCCUUAUAUGUUGCCGCUACUGCUUGUAUACAUCGCAGAGUACACCAUCAACCAGGGUGUCGCGCCAACUCUGCUUUUCCCGCUAUCAUCCAGUCCCUUCGACGAAUAUCGGUCAUUUUACUCCACAUAUGGCGCCAUCUACCAAGUGGGCGUCUUCAUCUCACGAUCUUCGACGCCUUUCAUCAGAAUUCACCACCUCUACUUUCCAUCCUUUUUACAGGUUGCGAAUUUGGUGCUACUGACAUCACACGCAAUGUUCGAUUUCCUCCCUAACUUCUACGUAGUGUGCGUGAUCAUCUUCUGGGAAGGGCUCCUGGGUGGUCUAGUCUAUGUCUCGACAUUUGCAGAGAUUACGGACAACGUGCCCAAGGAAGACCGCGAGUUCAGUCUGGGAGCAACUAGUGUAAGCGACUCGGGCGGGAUAUGUAUCGCGGGUUUUGUGAGCAUGGUGUUCGAGGUCUGGCUGUGCAAGUGGCAGGUACAGCACGGUCGCAAGUACUGUAAGCUACAAUAAUAGACUAACAGCCCAUUUUCCGGGUUGAAGAC